CGAGUAUUUAUCUAUUUCUCCUUCUCCUACAGUCGUAGAAGAUAUGAAGAUUAAGUCACUAUAAAAAUAGCAUUAACUUACUUAUACCUAUCGUGUGAUAUAAUAUCAUCUGACAUUUCGCAAGAGUACCUAAGUGUCAUAGCUUGUUUAUCAGGACACAUGUAGAGUUAACACAGCAGUUUAAUUUUUUGCGCACACAACCUCACCAUAAUUCCAAGCAACAAGCUAAGAUUUCCUGGUAAUUUUUGUUUCCACUACGUAAAAUCCCGUAAAGCGAACUUGAUAACUAGAUACCCAGUACUUCCUCGUAAAACUUGUACGGUCGAACGAGUCUGCUGCCAUGAACAGGGUGUCAUCUGACCACUUCACGGUGUUGAAUGGGCCACCCAUUGUAAUCACCAUUGUUCUGCCCUAAUUAGGCUCGCAUUUCGCUACAGCAUAAAUAUGGACUCAAUCCAGUAUUCUGCGAAAACUGAUUACAUGGAUCGCGCCCCGUCGAUCGAGCUACCAACAUCGACAAAUAAAAUUGAAUUAAUUAAAUUUAUAUUUUUUUAAAUCUAAAGGCUGACCGCAGGUCCACCUGUUGGGUAGAGUUGUAGGUUAUCUAAGUUUUAUUAUUUUCUGCGCAACUUUCUUAAUUAUUUAUUCCCAAGGAACCUUAUACAAGGUAUUAGAAAACUGAAAAAUAAGAAAAAUGUAAUCGUUAUAGUCUUUCUGAAGGUAUAACGUGACCAAGAGAAAAUAGUUUUUUUUUAAAUAUUGAUGUUCUAAUGCGUUAUUAAACAUAUAAAACAAAGCUUUCUGGACUAUUUCCCCAUAUAUACUGUUAUUAUGUUAAAUCUCACACUGCUCCGUACACAAAAUGCGCCAAAAAAGGUGUUGUUUAAAAUAAUCAAAGAGAUAAUUUAUGCAUACCAGUUAGAUAAUUUUUGUUAUUACUUUACAUACCUAUCUUUAAGCAUGCAUGCAUAAUAAGGUCCAUCUGCAAGCUGGUUCUCGAUAACGUUUUUCUAAAACGUUACUUUUCAUUCGAAAAAAAAUGUUAAUAAUAUCCAUCUGGCUCGAUGGAAAUUUAUAAAGGCCCGCAGCGACUACGUUUACGUGCGGGUGCGUUGCAACAAUACAAUUUAAGACGAAUGAACGAACCAGGUAGAUAUUUUUUUUUAUUUCAUAAUGCCUUCGUCAGUCUGUGGAACCUCAUCGCCCAUUCACCAGUGCUGCAUUGUGAUCGCUCAGCUCUUUGUUCUAAGUGUGUGAAUAAUUUAUUUCCUCGUGUGUUUUCCUACCGCUGGCAUUCAUUCAAGGUUAUUAAAAGUAAGGCGUACAUACUGACUUAUACCUACAAGUUUUACAGAGCAUCGAACAAAACUCUUAUUACAUAUAUAGUUAGUACUUAUAGAAAAAAACUUGAACAUUUUAGCAAAGUUAAAUUGUAUUGCUCUGACUCUAAUAGGUUCGUUUUCAUUGUAUUAAUAUGUGAAGGGAAAUCUUUAUAUUAUUCUAAGUACACAUUGCGUAUAAGUCAGAUUUAUAUAUAAUAAAAGUUUAUGAAGUUUAUGUAGCCCCUUCUCAGGGGAUGAUCGUAUCUAAUGAAGCCUGUAAGUGUGUUUUAGUCAGUACUAAAGUUUUUAUAUAGAAGGAGUGCAGAAAGCUAACAUGUACCUAUUUAUUUAGAUUAAUUCCUUGGGAUAUACUCAAUUACAAAAAUACCAAUAUCAGGUGCACACUACUGUACGUUAGACACACACACAGUGAUUAAAGAUGUAUGCCAAUUAACAGAACCUCAAUAAUUACGUUCAAACUGAAAAAGGCUGAAAUACGGCCCAUAGGGGACCACUAUUACAGCAUAAAUAAAUAAUAAUUAUAUCUUUUUUAAUUAUAGAACAAGCAAUAUACAGUAAUUUUUACUGUAAAAAUAUUCAGAAUAAAUAUCUGAAUGUAGGUAGCGUCUACCAAAUAGAUGUCUCACUCUACUCUCAAUAAACAACUAUUGUUAUUAUUAAGAUGUUUGUUUUAUCUCGUGUCUGUAGUUCAGACGUCUUUAAGUGUGAUAAAAAAAGGUUUUAAGAUCAAAUGUCAAUCAACUAAGAUACAAUAUGUGUAGUGAAUGCAGCGGAGGGUUAAAACCUAUAAUUAAUUAGUGGCAUGUAUUAUUGACAACAGCCAUUAAUCUGUUUUCGCUACUAAUAAUAUGUAAUCUAAAAUUAACAUAACACAUUUUAUCUGAGCGAACUCGGCAGUUUACAGUGGACGUUUGUUACGGGCGCCUCAGUGUGUAGCGUAGGUAAAUGAGUAUUGUAUGUAUAUGCCAGUAUGUAGUUAGGUGGUGUGUUGUGUGUGUGACAGCUGCCGUGUGGCGUUAUCGGUCGUCCUUGACACACAGACACCGCGUGCAUAACGCGCCUUAUUGUCGCAGCAACCUUGCCGACCACGCGAUAACGUCGUCGCAGCCGCCGCCGCCGCCGACGCCUCCACGCCACUGCCAAAAUAUAUUUGUGAAUGAACGAGAACGUUACAUGAGCAUCACUAUUCAGACACUGCCAAUCUAAAAUAGACAGGCGUGAGUACAAAACGGACGCGUAACGAAAACUUAAUUGCGAUAACGAGAUCCACCGUUCUUUUUUGUAUUUCCGUGUUAUUCGACCUUAAUCGCUGUACGCGAUAAGGAGUCGUGUGGUGCUCAGUAUAAUGCACGGCCGUUGCAGGAUGAAAGUGGGUGGCAUCCCGGUGGCGCGACUCUCGUCGUCCGGAAAUCCAAUUCCCGGAUGCGGCUGCGCGGGGGGAUCUCGCCGGAAGCUUGGUAAACGAGCACAUCCGCUGCCGCCGCCCGCGCCGCAAAAUUUGGCACCGCGAGCGCUCGCAGCCCGCUUCCGGCCUCCGCCCCCCCGGACCCCUGGCGUCGUUCGCCCGCGAAAAUAGCGGCCAACCGCUCCGUGUACGCGGUUCAUUCAGUAUGGCCGCCUUCCAUUCAUAAAAAGGCGAGGCGCGGGCGGCGUCGCGCGGCGGGGGGGACGCGGCUCUCCCGCCGGCCCGCACCCGCUGCCGACGCCAGUGCGGAAUGUGCCAGCGAACGGAACGGUCGUUUCGUCGGAGCGUAGCGCCAGCGCUCCCGGUUUCCCUUUAAAAUGUGUAUAAGAAUAAGUGCAGUGAAUCCGCACGAGUUCGGAACGGUUACGAAAAACGCCGUCGUCGAGAUAAGGAGUAGAAAUCAACGAAGAACUUCAGCGAGGAAGUGGGGACGAUGAGGGAACAGGAAGGCGACGGCCCGGAGAGCCGUUAGCCGGACUCGAUGGAUGAGUAUGGCGGGCCGGCGGCGCCGCCCCGGCCGCCCAAGCCGGCGGCGCGCGUCCACAGGCCGACGGGCGCGCGCCAGCCCACCGUGUCGCUGCUGCGGCCGCGGCCCGAGGCCGAGCGUGAGCGCAACGCCUACGUGGAAGCCCCGCGGCGGUGCGCGCCUCACACCGGCGCGCACGCUGGCGCCGCGCACCUGCCGCUCAAGCCGGUGACGACGCAGCCGGCCGCCGCGCCCGACAAGCGGCGCGCCGGCGCCCUCCCGCCCGACUCGAUCGUGUGCGACGCCUGCGGACGUUGCCGGUGCGAGCAGUGCGCGCGCCCGCGGCCGCUGCCGUCGCGCUGGUUGUGCGGCUCGUGUCUCUGCAGCGCCGAGGCGUGCGUCGACUACGCGUCGUGCAUGUGCUGCGUGAAGGCGCUGUUCUACCACUGUGGGAGCGGCGAGGAGGAGGCGGGCGAGCCGUGUGCGUGUGGCCCGCGGCUGGCGUGCGUGGGUGCGCUGGCGCUGCCGCUGCCGUGCCUGUGCCUGUACUGGCCGCUGCGCGGGUGUGCGGCGGCGGGAGCGGCGGCGUACGCGCGCUGCCGCCGCUCCGGCUGCCGGUGCCCCGAGCCCCCGCCGCGGCUCUCCAGUAUUAUCUAGUCCAGCGUGUCGCCCGCGCCCUCCGAAGCGCCGUCGAGCGGCGCAGUCGCGUUGUACAAAUAUUUAUUGGCGAGCGGAGCUUCGGACCGCGCGGGGUGGACUCAGCGAUCGCCGCGUCCGGUUCCGGGCCGAGUGCCGAGUGGUGUGUGGUGGCACGGGGCCGACAUCGGACGAGCGCCCCGUGCUCACUGAGUGAAUCUUCUACGUGUACCUUGUAAAUAUAGUCGUAUAGUGUGAAUGUACGUGAACGUGUCGCCCGAACGUCGAAAGUCUCAAAUUUUCUUGAGACAGAUAACGUGUCAUAAGAAAACGUUAACGUUAGUAUUUUGGAUUCCUCACAAAUCCAGAGAAGAUUAAGAAAUGAGAUAUAAAAACAUACUUAUUAAGAUGUAGAUAAUUUACCAUUUAUUUAUUAACUGAAUUUGUAUUUAUUUGUAAAUAAAACGACAUUAUAUUAUAAAUACGAAUGUUUACUACA